UUACGCUGUAGCGCUGUGGAAACUGGUAUGAAUUCAAGAGCACUGCUAGUAAUCAUCGAGGUUUAUUUGCUGGAUUGGAGCUGUUCGAAAGCGAUUUUCACAGAAAGACAGCAUUCACAAGAAAUGUGCUCGCUUUGUCAGAUUCGGAGUCUCCUCAGAGCUUCAUAGCUCCAUUUAAACGAUCUGGUCGACUGCAUUUCAUCAGAUAGACGCGAUUCUGGAGAAUGUAGGAUUCGAGGAGUUGUGCUUUCUGUACGGCACAAUGGUGCUGACAGAGAAUAUAUGGCUUGACUUACCAUGUCUGAGUUUAUUGAAGCCUCAAGCAAAGCCCAGAAGAACUGCUGACUGAGGGGGAAAAAAUCUCCCAUCCCUUCCCUGCCCCCCCCCAAAAAACUGUUACACUUAAGUCGCCUUUCUACAUUCCUUCACCCUGACGCUUUUUGGAAACAUUCACUCCGUCUUUCCCCUGCCCUGACUUUUGCCCCCACCUGCAAAAUCUGUUUUGCUCAUUUUGUUAUAUUUUCCCCUACAAGCAAAGUUCUUCCCUAACUGUAAGUCAUGAGAAAACAAACAUGCAAUGUUCUCCUAGUCUGUGGGGUCAUCAGCUCCAUCACAGUGUUUUAUCUUGGCCUCAGUACUAUAGAGUGUCCGAAUGCCCGUUCUCGUACAUCACAGCAUGGCUGGGUGGUAAACCUACAUGCUGGCAGAAACCUUAGUGACCCGUUACAGCUUCCUGAGGAGUACAAUGAGGAAACUCCUCUCAUUUUUGUUGGCGGAGUCCCUCGAAGUGGCACCACGCUAAUGCGGGCUAUGUUAGAUGCCCACCCUAUCGUGCGGUGCGGAGAGGAGACCCGGGUCAUCCCUCGGCUGUUAGCCAUGCAGGCCACCUGGAGUCACUCGGCACGAGAGCGGGUCCGUCUGGAUGAGGCUGGUGUCACUGAUGAUGUCUUGGACUCUGCUGUACGUGCCUUUCUUUUGGAGAUCAUAGUAGGGCACGGGGAGCCAGCGCCGAGGCUCUGCAACAAGGACCCGUUUGCUUUGAAGUCCAUGUCCUACCUCUCCAAGCUCUUCCCAAAGGCAAAGUUUAUUCUCAUGCUUCGUGAUGGCAGAGCCACCGUUCACUCGAUGAUCUCCCGCAAGGUUACUAUUACUGGGUUUGACUUGACAAGUUACCGGGACUGUUUGGUGAAGUGGAACCGGGCGGUGGAAGUAAUGUACGACCAGUGCCUGGCUGCCGUGAAUGGCAACUGUCUGCCUGUUCAUUAUGAGCAGCUUGUGCUGCAUCCUGAGCGGGUGAUGCGCAGGCUCCUUCAGUUUCUGGAUCUGCCGUGGGACACCGCUGUGCUGCAUCAUGAACAGCUAAUUGGGAAAGUCGGAGGAGUUUCUCUGUCAAAGGUGGAACUGUCAACCGAUCAAGUAGUGAAGCCAGUGAAUACAGAGGCUCUGUCUAAAUGGGUGGGCAACAUUCCUGCUGAUGUAGUGAAAGAUAUGCCCAGCCUUGCCCCCAUGCUAAGUCGCUUGGGUUACGACCCUCUGGCCAACCCACCAAACUACAACAAGCCUGAUCUCUUAUAUCUGAACAACACGAAAAUAGUGAGGCCGAUCCAAAACUGAAAGGUCAUCUCUGUGGAUACAACCUGUGAAUACUUGGAAGCAAUAAACAAUGUGCAUUUUUUUGGAGCACGCAAAGUCUCUACUUGAAUUAAGAACAUGUAUUGACAAAACGGAGUCACAGCUACCAUUGUUUCAUACAAAGUGAAAUCUAGUUUUAAUGUUGUAUUUUAAGUCAUUUCUCAAUUAAGUACAUUUUAGAUGUUUUGCUAUUUGUAUCGAUGUUAUCAAUGAUAGUCCGAUGACUACAAUGGUUUUUGUCUUGUGGUUCUAUUUGUAUGCAUGCGUGUCACAGUAAAUGUGUCCUAAAGAGUGAUUAUCACACAGGAAACUAUGUGUGUUGAAAGAGGAAGUCAAAAGUUGCACAGAAAUACCACUAUUUUUCUCUGACUACAGGAGAACUAAGUUUCAAUCUACAAAGACAAUCUAGUUUUGCUGUAGGUCUUUUUACUAGGAAUUUACGAAUCACAUACUUGAUGAAUGUGGUCCACAUGAAGGUUUCUGGACAUAAAGCCUGGACAAUAGACAAUGUUUCUUCACAAUAAAAGUGAUAUUGGUCCAUCUCAUUGUA